AUGUAUGAAAUCAGACACUCGUGGAUUCCUGCAUAUUAUAAGGACACGCCGAUGUCUGGACUAAUGAAAACAACCUCAAGAUCCGAGAGUUCGAAUGCGUAUAUCAACAUAUACGAAUCGUACUGGUUUGAUUUGGUCCAAUUUCUUAAUAAUUACGAUGUAGCUAUAGAGAAACAAAGAUACAGACAAUCUGUUCAGGAGACAUUGACGAGAACUACUAAUCCCAAGUUUAUUACUCCAUUGCGUUUAGAAAGUCAUGCAUCAAGCAUAUACAGUCGGAACGUGUUUUUUGACAUCCAAAAGGAAAUAAAGAAGGCUGUUUGGUUUUGUGCUAUUGAGACCGUCGAAUGCCAUGAUGAUUUCAAGUCGUUCUUGAUAAGCCACAAGGCCAAGAAAUCAGCUGACAACAUCAAGUAUYUGGUGGGCCGUAACUACUCAACAAACACGGUCGAAUGCGAUUGUAACCUAUUUACACGUAAUGGGUAUCUAUGUCGUCACGCGUUCAAGGUAYUAAUAAAUGACGAAGUUGAAUGCAUACCGGAAAAAUACGUACUACGUCGAUGGAAACGAGAGUUAGUUCCAGUACAGAUACAGUCCGCAAGAGUUCGUUAUGGGGAGGUCAACGCCGAGAAAGAAAAGUCUAUAAAUGAUUUGUAUUCCAAGAUGGACGACAUAAUAAGCAUCUCACGCAAUGACCAAUCUAUAUUAGAUAGAUUGGGGCGUAACCUCGACAAAUUCAUGGUUGAUAUAGAGAAGGAAGUUCCAUACGAAGACCCAUCCCAACAAAAGUUGGAUGCGAUAAGAGAUCAUSUAGGUGUUUCCAUACCUGAUGAGGCUGACAUCCUACCACCAUCUGGAAUAAGGAACAAAGGUUGUGGAACUGGCAAGAGGCUU